AUGGCUAAUCGCACCCCUUCAAAGGAUAUGAUAAAUCGUCUUCGUCACUGGAGAAAUACUGCUAAGAAUGUUAACAGAGCAACCCAAUUAGCUCUGCAGUUCUUCAUGACUACUGUGGCCCGUGCGGUGUAUUAUUUCCAGAAGUAUGAGCAGUUGCGGGCGACCGGGCAACUGCAGGGGACUACUCCUAAAGAUGUAGACUCUUAUUUUACUAGGCAGGAUACGUUUGGAGAGUAUUUCGAGUAUGGUCUAUGGCCGGACAUCGCGGAGGAGGGUAGAUUGAACGGGAGUCCCUACCGCUAG